GACAAAUUCACCAGGGUGAAGUUAAUAAACUAAUCGGAGAAGAUAAAAGUUUCUUCCUGAAAAUAACUUGGCUCUGACAGGCAAAUAAAUAACAGAUCCUGUUAAGCCAGAUCUGCUCAGGGAACGAUAGCAGCAACCAUAUUACUCUGUAGCCAAAAUUCCCCAAUUCACCUCCUUUCUACGGUACCCAUUUUCCUCUCUUGAGGAGGAUGCAAGGCUUUACAAACACAAAAGGUGUAAAAAGAACUGAGGCACUAGGAGCUUAGCCCUUCCUCCUGCCUCAAGCAGGUAACAUCAUUUCUAGAUGGAUGCAUCGUUCCCCUCUGCCCCGCACACAAGAAAUCGGCCUUCAAACCACCAAAAUUCACUUUAUAACCUAUUGCUUAGUGCCUUCUGUGUCAGAAAGGACAAACGCUACGGCUGUGCCGUUUCCUCCCUCGCCAGAUCCCAAGCAGCCAAGAGCCUGGCAAAGCAAGGAAGCCCAAGAGCAGCACCUGAACUGCCACACUCACUGCUUGCAAACAAACCAGACUAACGUUGCAAGAAACCUAUGGAUUCCCACGUCUCUCUGAGGAAAAAUAAAUAAAAAAAAAGCUAAUUUCUGCAGUUGCUUGUAUUCAAGAUGAUGCAACUUCUGAGAUUACAUCAUUAUCAGUAAAUGCACUACCAACGCUGGAGCUUGUGAAGAAAGAGAACUGUUAUCAAAGAGAAACAACCACCACCACACUAUGUGCCCAGUGCUAUUUUUGCAUCUCUGCUCCCCAGCCACACCGCCGCUACAAACACUCGGAAUCCCGUUCUUCACAUGUACCCCGCUGAAAAUCUGGUCUCUUAUUUCUGUGGGAAUGCUUCGGUUUCCAUCUAGUUGCCCGUUAAAUCCGAAACUGGAGCAACGGUUGGGGAAAUUACAAGACGUUAACACUUGAGAAGAUUAUCUCGAUAAUGGCAAUAAUAAAAUGGCAAUCCAGCAAGCGGAUAAACUGCUCAAAAAACACAAGGAUCUUCACUGUGCAAAGGUUCUAAAGGCAAUUGGCUUGCAGAGAACUGGCAAGCAAGAUGAAGCGUAUGCUCUGGCACAAGAAGUAGCAGCACUUGAACCCACAGAUGAUAAUUCCUUGCAAGCACUAACUAUUCUUUACCGGGAAAUGCAUAGACCUUCUUGUGGUUCUUGGUGGUGGUGGCAGCGUUUACUGUUGAACUGCUGGAGCGAUGACAACGGGGCGAAAGGACUUCUGUGGGAAUGGAUAUUUGCGGAACUGGUAACUAAACUUUAUGAGGCAGCUGUAAAGAAGGUUCCCAACAGUGAAGAGUAUCACUCUCAUCUCUUCAUGGCCUAUGCCAGGGUUGGAGAAUACAAGAAGAUGCAACAGGCUGGGAUGGCACUUUAUAAGAUUGUACCCAAAAAUCCUUACUAUUUUUGGUCUGUGAUGAGCCUGAUCAUGCAGUCUAUUUCAGCACAGGAUGAAAACCUCUCAAAGACGAUGUUUUUGCCACUGGCUGAAAGAAUGGUGGAAAAAAUGGUGAAAGAGGAUAAGAUUGAAGCUGAGGCUGAAGUCGAACUGUACUACAUGAUUCUGGAACGUUUGGAGAAGUAUAAGGAAGCCUUAGAUGUCGUGAGAGGAAAACUAGGAGAGAAGCUGACAAGUGAGCUCCAAAGCCGCGAGAACAAGUGUAUGGCAAUGUACAAGAAGCUGUGUAGGUGGCCGGAGUGCAACGCGCUGUCGAGAAGGCUGCUGCUGAAAAACUCAGAUGAUUGGCAGUUUUAUAUAACUUACUUUGAUUCAGUGUUUCAACUCAUUGAUGAAUCCUGGACACCUCCGCCAGAAGACGAGCACUCUUUGGAAGGAGAGGUACACUAUUCUAUAGAGCAAGCUGUGAAAUUUAUAGAAGAGAGGAUAACAGAAGAAUCGAAGAGCUCUCGGCCGCUUCGGGGACCAUAUUUAGCUAAACUGGAGCUGAUUAGACGUUUGCGAUACAGAGGUUGUAAUGAUGAAUAUAAACUAGGUGAUCCAGAAGAACUUAUGUUCCAAUACUUCAAAAAAUUUGGGGACAAGCCCUGCUGUUUUACUGAUCUCAAAGUAUUUGUGGAUCUCCUCCCAUCCAGCCAAUACACAAAGUUCAUCAGUCAAUUGCUGGAAGUCAUCCCUCUGUCAGCAACAGCAGAGAAUGAAAUCGCACUGCCAGCUGAUAUCAAAGCCCUGCAACAGCACUUGUGUGUGGUGCAGCUCUCGAGAUUGCUGGGUAUCUAUCAUGCCAUGGACAAGAAGCAAAAGCUGACUGUGGUCCGGGAGUUGAUGUUAAGAUACCGCCAUGGAUUGGAGUUUGGUAAAUCUUGUUUGAAAACUGAAUUGCAGUUUUCAGAUUAUUACUGCCUCCUUGCAGUUCACUUGCUGCUGGAUCUGUGGCUAGAAGGUGAAGAGACGGCUGUGUGGCAGUGCCUAACUCUCUUAGAAGAAGGGUUAUCUCACAGUCCUUCUAACGCUCAGUUUAAAUUGCUGCUCAUUCGAAUCUACUGCAGGCUUGGUGCAUUUGAACCUGUUGCAGAGCUCUAUUCCAGCCUUGAUGCAAAACACAUACAGCACGACACCAUCGGCUAUCUUCUGACGCGCUAUGCAGAGUCACUGGGCCAUUAUGCUGCUGCAUCCCAAUCCUGCAAUUUUGCACUCAGGUUUUUCCACUCCAACCAGAAAGAUACCUCAGAAUAUAUCAUUCAAGCCUACAAGUACGGUGCAUUUGAGAAGAUCCCAGAAUUUAUUGCAUUUAGAAAUCGGCUGAACUCAUCCCUUCACUUUGCGCAAGUUCGCACGGAACGGAUGUUGUUAGACCUCUUACUUGAAGCAAACAUAUCAACCAGUUUAGAAGAAAGUAUAAAGUCCAUGAGUCUGAGCCCAGAGGAGGAUGACAUUCCGUGGAAAGAUUUGCGUGACAACAGAGACCUGACAGUCUUGUUUAACUGGGAUCCAAAAGACAGGGACAUUUCUGAAGAACAUAGGAAACUCUCACUGGAGGAAGAAACCAUGUGGUUGCGAAUCCGGUCUUUAACUUUAAGACUAGUAAGCGGACUCCCAACUCUUAGUCACACUAUUCAACCAAAGAACUCUGAAAAGACUGCAGAGAACGGCGUCUCAUCCAAGAUUGAUACAAUUCGAUCCCUGCUUCAGCAGCUGGAAGCGGCAGUGGAUUCAGGGAAGAAGUUUCUAGAACAAAAAAUUCAGUAUCCUGUCCUUGGCCCUCCUCCUACCCGAAUGGCUGGCUUCUUCAGUAAUGGCAGCUGUCAAUGCCAGACUAGCUUGUUUUAUCUUGUUAGUGAUAUUUAUGAACUAGAUACCAAUGGCUUAGAAGAUUCAGCAGAAAUCCAGGAGAGGAUAGGGAAUAGUUUCAAGUCUUUAGUAGAACGACUAACAGACUUGUUCAAUAAAUGUAAAGGUGAUUUGAUUGAAGUCAGAGAUGGCACCUUGAAAACUCAUCCAAACCUGUUAGAAAACCUAGUCUUCUUUGUUGAGACGAUCUCCAUUGCUCUGUGGGUAUCAAGUUACUGUGACAAUGUCCUUCGACCCUUUAAAUCCAACCUGCAAAAAAAGAAGAAGAAAAAAAAAGAAAGCAGUGUAGCUAUGCCACCUGUAUUUACACACUUUCUGGAUUAUGUUGCUGAACUACAGACAUUAACUUCCAAUGUAAUAGAUCACAUCAAAGGGCUUGAAAUAAUUCUGACUGCACUAAAACUUGAAGAGCUGUCCCUCAAGGACACUCUGCUUUUACAGGAAGAAAAAAAGUUUACAAAGACUGUGCAAGGGAAGGUCCAGAGCAGUUACCAUCACUCAGUUCAAGAAAUUGGAGAGCUGCUGAAAAAGAGACUUGAUACCAUUAAAAAACUAAAGAUUUGAGAAAUGCAUCCUUGACAGACUCCCCAGGGGAGUGACACCAGAGUCCCAGACAGAAGCAACAUCCAAUAUACCAUCACUUUAAUCCAGAACUUCCUCAUAAUGCAUGAAGGACUUAAAAUCAUAAACCAAUUUUUUUAGGUAUUACAGAUGUAUUGAGCUGAUGAGCUGAUUUAAAUUAUUGUACAUAAAUGAGAAGCAGGGACCCUUAUCAGGGUUUGACCACUUUUUAUACAUGUUCAUAAGCAUAUUGCAACAGGAGAAAAUUAACUUUCUUCCCUUUUGAUCUCUAGGAACAACUGGAGAUGGUCUUUAGAAGCAGCAAUAGAAAUCCAGUGUAAAGCAUAUAUCUCAAAGGAGUUGUAUUUUCAUCACCAUACAGUGUUUAUAAUUUUUGUAUGGUCUUUGCCUUAGAAAUGCAGAAAUUGUAGAUGCCCGCAUUCAGCUGCCUCCGUUGAAAUGAGCCCGGUUUGGAGCUGCCCAUUUUGUCCGCAGGCCACCUGGUCCUACUGCAUUAAUUGAGCGUGUGGGUCCAGCGGGGAGAGGCGAGGCUGUGCUGGAGGAACACCCUCUGCAUCCAGCCUUCGGGCCCAGCCCAGCCCUCCGUCAUGGGGUGGGAGUAAGCCAUGCCUGGUGGCGAGGCAGGUUCCUCUGAGGAGGGGAGGACCGCUGGAAGGAAGAGGUAGUGUCAGCGUACACACAGGUGGUUUUCACGUUCAGAAAAAUUGCAAACCUGACGAGGAGCAAACUUGGCCAUUGAGCUUUAGAGAGAGAGAUGGGAAUCAGUGUUCCAGCAAAAAAAAGACAAAACCAGAGACCUUGUAUAUAACAGCUGCAGUGAAGUCUGACGCUGCGGCCAGAUUUCAUGUCAGUUUAAUGUAAAACAGCAAUCAUCAUGACUUUCAAAAAGUGUAUUUAGAUUACUGAAACUUUAAGACUUCGAUAUUUUAAUAGAAAUUAAAUCCUAUUGGCUUUGGUUUUAAGUUGGCAGAGGUAACUUUUGCUUGCGCUGUGGUAUGAGGCUGAGAAUACUUUCUGUAAGUGUAUGCUUGCUUUUUGCAGUUGAUCUUUGAUUAUUCAAGUACUAGCUCAUUAGGCAUUCUGUUAGAAAGUGCAAUCGCAUCAUCUGUUCCCACUGAAUCUGCAUUUCUGCUGGUUGGGUGUUGGUUUUGUUUUGGUUUGGUUUUUUCUUCUCCAUUUUAAAGGAGUAAUGCAGCCUAAAAUUGGUAGGCAAAAAAAAGUGACAUGUACCUGCAAUACAAGGGACGGGUCAGACUUCACAGAUUCCUCAUCUUCUGAUUUAAAGCGGCUAGUAUCGGAAGUCUAUAUUUAAAGUUUUUAGAGAGCUGACAAUCCUACCUUUGUCAUCUCUUCCGAGUAUGUUUUGUUAGCAAUGCUAGAAUGUUGAUGAGAGUAUUUUUUUAAAAUAAAUUCCCUGUAUAAAAAAAAAAAAAAAAAAAAAAAAUCACAUAGCUGCUCUUGCUGGAUUUAGUUUUGCUUUGCCCCAUCCUGAAAGGGAAAGAAGAAUGUCUGCAGGUUGUCUAAAUUGUGACGGAUGUCCUGAUGGUUUAAUUGCAAUGUCUGGUAAGUGCUCUGGGCUGGAGGAAUACCAAAAUGUUUUAAGUCUGUUUUAUAGUAAUACUUUUCGGGAGAAAAAAGAGAAAAAAAAAAAAAAAAA